AUGGGGAUGAAAGGCGUGUCGGGAUCUCCUACCUCCGUCUUGCCCUAUCAGAAAGGGGUGAGGUACACUUACAGGUACAGCACGACCAUCACCACCACUCUUCAUGGCUCCAGCGCCGGCAGAAAUGGACUGGCUUUGGACUGUGUGGUCGACAUCGACGUGGUGUCCAACUGUCACCUGAUGAUGCAGAUUAGGAAUCCGCAGAUAAAGCGGCUUUCCCCCCAGAAGGAGCACUCUGUGCAGCGGUUAAAGAGCUUGAGGGAGGCGCUGGAGAGGACGCGCCUCAAGUUCUCCCUCCGAGGGGGAAAGGUCACGGCCCUCUGUUUUCAGGAGGGGGAGCAGGUGUGGGCUCUCAACAUAAAAAGGGCUCUACUGAGCAUGCUCCAGACGGCCCCUGUGGCCUCCAAACUGGAAUCAGAGGAGGAGACCGACGUGUACGGUACCUGCAGCAGCAAGUACGAGAGGCGAGGGCCUGUGCUGCUGAAGACCAGGGAUCUGAGACGGUGCCAGCAGCACAGGCUGGCAAACUUUUGGCCUCAUUCAGUCGCUCUAACUGAAGACACGUCAGUGCAGUUGGAACUGCAUUGUGCUCAGCGCCACAGAGCUGCGGUGAUGGAAGAGGUUAACUGCACUGAAACUGUGUCUAUGGCGACGUGGUCCGGCGCUGCAGGCCUGGUAAAGACCCAGACGGUGUCCACGCUGCUCCUGCUCAGAGCCCAGCCAGGAGCUCCUGUCAGAGCAGAUUCCUUAGGUACCGGUGUGCUGACUGACCUGCAGUUUGAGGAUGAGGGGCCUGUGAGGCCAGGAAAACCCAGACCAUCGACACCACAGAAAGCCGCUCAGACUGUCAGGAUGUUGUGCAGCCACACCUCAGACCCACAGCUGGUGGCACAAGAGUUCCUCCAACUCGUGUUCCAGCUAAAAGAUCUGUCUUUAUCUCAACUCAAGACACUUUGGCAAGAAGCGUCUUUCAAGUGCCGCAACGACUGGCAGCCCUUGUUGGAUGCUUUGCCUGCAUGUGGAUCUGAAAACUGCAUCAUGCUACUGACUGAGCUGAUCAGGAACAAAGAGCUGGAGGAGGAGCAGGACCACUCCUUCCUCACCACCAUAGCCCUCAUCCCUCAUCCAUCGCCUCAGAUCAUCGGCUCCAUCAAUACCUUACUGGAGGCCCCAGAGCUGCGGUCCAAGGCCAUGCUGGUGGGAUCGUCUCUGGCCUAUCAGCUGUGCCGGAGGUCUUCCUGCAGUGAACUCCCUCAGGUUCAGACCUUCAUGCAGGCGCUUGAGAAGUCCCUGAAGGACGGCUGCGAUGGAGAAGAACCCACUCGAGUGACAGAGCUUCUUUAUACUCUGAAAUCAGUGGGAAACGCCGGUUUGUCUGCUUCUACCUUCCUUCCUCUGCUAAACCGCUGCAUUCUGGGACACUCAACACCGCCAGAGUUGAGACUCGCUGCCAUCCAAGCCUUUAGACGCUUCCCCUGCUCAGAAGAUAGGUCCGUGCUGUUGCAGCUGUACGGCUCCUCCCGGGAGGAUACCGAGGUCAGAAUCGCCGCAUACCAGCAGCUCAUGCGCUGCCCCGACCGGGACGCGUUUGAAGCGGUGAAGACGACGCUGAAGAACGAGACCUCCAGCCAAGUGGGCUCCUUUGUGUGGAGUCAUCUAACCAAUGUCCUGAGGAGCGAGGACCCCACGAAGCAGACUUUAAUCGAGUCGCUGCCUGACGACAUCAUCAGCAGAGAUUUUGAAGCAGAGUUUUUGAAAUAUUCCUCCUAUUCAGAUUAUACUGUGGCCUCAGGUGUCGGAGUUAAAAACGUGGAAACAACUUUGAUUUUCUCCCCGAAAUCGUUCGUGCCAAGAUCAGCUUCUGCCAACUUGACUGUGUAUUUCCACGGCAGAGCCCACAACCUUCUGGAAGUGGACCUUCACGUUGAAAACGCUGAACUGCUUUUCAAGAACGUUUUCGGUCAGCAGACAGACGGCGAACCUCAAAACGGAAAACAGGAGGCGAGAAGGACGAGAAGAAGAACAGAUGAGGGCCAUAAAGGAGAAAAAGAAGCGUGUCUAUCCAGCAGCAGCAGCAGCAGCAGCAGCGACUACCUGAAGCAGGCCAGAGCGAUGUUGUUUGGAAGAAGGAAACCGGAGAUCGAGCCCAAGUGUCGGGUUGGCGUGAAGGUAUUUGGGAACGAGCUCAGUGUGUUUACGUGUGAAGAUCUCUACAAUCAGAUGAACCACGUGUCGCUGAGCGUGGCCGGACUGGCUGUGAAACUGCUCAAGGGUCAGGAGGUUCAGCUGAACCACAGGGCCGUGCUGAUGACGGAGGAGCUGCUUUUGCCGUCCCUGUCUGGCGUUCCUGUCAAACUGGGCAUCAACAUGACCUCCCUUCUAUCGCUGCGUCUGAAGGGCAAUGUCAGCUACAGGGACACCUCUCACUUCUCCCUCAGCGGAUACAUCAAACCCAACGCCUACGUGGGACUGUCGGCCAGGAUGGGGGUGGACAGCGCUCUGGGUCAGGCUGCGGUGGAGUGGGUCGCUGAUCUGAGGAGCUCCACCAGCCUGGACGGCAGCGUUCAGCUUCAGGAGGGCCAAGAUGUCCGAGUCACACUGAACACACCGGAGGACCUGAUGGACGUUGUCUCUCUGAGCUCCAGAGUGUUUCAGCUCAGCGGAGACCACAGAGAGGAGAUAAAGGGGCCAAAGAGUCGAGUCCAAAAGACCACCUGCACGCCGAAAACCUGGUCCAAGAUGAUCGGCUGGCAGCUCUGCUCCAACGGAUCCUACCCGUCGCCCGCCACCGGUCUCACCGUCCCCCCUCCAGGACCGGUCCACCUCUCCCUCAGGCUGCUGAAGCUGGACAGAGGCCUCCACUACUAUCUGCUGGAGGCUGCUUACUCACUACAUCAUCAGAGAGGCGCGUGGCUUCCCAGAGAGGCCUCCGUCCACCUCCUCCUGGCCACUCCUCAGUCCUCCGUCCCCAGGGAUAUGUCUCUUGACGUGGCCUUCAACCCUCACAGGUUUCUGCUGAGGAUCAACCAUCCUGUGAAAACCAUCCACAUACAAGGGCAACUGGAACAAGAGAGGAACACCAAGUCAGGGAAGCUGGAGCUCCUGAUCGAUGGCGUUCGUUAUUACAUCAUGGGUCUGGUGGACACACACACCUUCCUGUCAGAGCAGAGGACACGCUACCACGUCGAAGCCAAGAUGGCCGCCGACGCCCACCCCGUGAUCCUGUCUGCUAACGUCACUCGUGGGUUAGGGAGGAAGACCAGCUUUUCUGCUACCGUGAAGAAUGUGUUCAGAGAAACUGCAUCGCUGUCAGUGGCCCUGGAGCGCCGGCGGGACACCAGCAGCAGGCAGUACUCUGUGGAGGCGGAGCUGCUGCUGCCCGGCGUGGUCGGCAGCCGGAUGCUGGGCCUGAUGGAGCAGAGGGGGUCGCUGUGGAGCUCUGUGCUCAGGCUCAAGUACGGACUGGGAGGUGAUGCCCGACAGCUGCGUCAGGAGUGCUACACGUCCCAGAGGCUGAGGAGCGAGACGGACUCAAACCUCACAUACAUCAUGAGAGCUGAUCACGAGUUCUACUGCUCCAGCACGGCUCCCGUCAACCACAAGAUCCACCUGAGGCACGAAGAAAGCUCCAGCCACGUUAAAUCAGCCCUGGACAUGAGCUACGGCAAACACUGGGACGAGAUUAACAACAAACACACGCUUCUCCUGAGCCAGUCCUUCAAAAACCAGUCCACGCAAAAUCACACCAGCUACACACUGGAGUUCAACCUCCAGGUACCAGAGAAGAACUUGAACUACAGGACUCAGCUUCUGCACUCCCACCUGACUCAGUUUGGGUCUGAGAGCAGCACGCACUUAAAAAUCAACUACAACAACCUGAUGCCGCUGGUGGCUGGGUUACACUGGAAAAGCCCCCCGAAAGACGCCCUGCAGAAGAAGUGGGAAGGCUCAUUUAACAUGGACACACCGUGGCUGUAUGUCUACACCGCCCACAAGCUGAACCAGCUCCAGCGCCACACACUCCAGAUCACCUCGGAACUGACAGCCAGCAAGUGGCUGACCAUCCGUAACCUCAUCCUGGAGGGCUUCUACAGGGACAGGGGCAGGGAGCGGGAGGCCCGUCUGGAGCUCUACUCGCCAGCUGCCACCUACAUCCAAGUCGGGGGAUGGAGCAUAGUGGGGAAGCGCAGUCUGAAGGCCUCUGCCUCCUUGAGCUCAUUGUGGACUCCUCCUCUGAGAGCAGACGUCUCUCUGGAGGCCUCUAAAUCCAGCCACACCCUGCACAUGGCCUCCUCCUACGGCAAGCAGAACGUCAGCUUAGCCGCUGCCCUGAGCGCUGCUGAUAAGAGUCUGAAAAAGCGGCAGGUGACUGUGAAGAUGAGCUUCUCGAAGCCCAAGAGUCCGUCCACUGACCUGGAGUUUGAGGGAGUGGUGGAGGAGCUGAGGAGGGACAAGAAGAUGUAUCAGAAAACUGCCAUGAUCCACCUCAGACAGCCCCUUCAGAGCUUCCCUCAGUCUCUCCUCCUGCGGGAGACUUUCACCGUCGACCUCCUCAAAGGCCUUUACAUCCUGGAGUCGAAAGCUGGUUUCCAUGGCAACAGGGAGGUGGUCCACACCCUGACUCUGGGCUACCGACCACCGAGCCCUUUUGUCUGUUCUGCACUGACCCAUCCGUUCAGCUCGGACACGGUUCCGUCAGACUCGGAGAUCUGCGUGACCGUCACCAGCAACCAGACCCACAAAGACGUACGAGGAAGGUUGCGGGUUGGGAGCAAAGAGAGGCUGACUUUCUUUGGUCAAGUUCAGCUGAAUCCUUUGCAUUCAAGUCACCAAGCAAUAAAAGUCAAAGCCAACUUCCUCCAUCAGCUUCAGCUGCAGCUCCCCUCCUCGGCUAUAAUGGAGGGAGACGUAUGUUGGACUCCAAAAGACAACAAUGACUUUGAUUAUCAGGCCAGAGGGAAACUGAGAGUGGAGCGACAGGAGUGCCAACUUUCCGUUCAGCUGAACGGAACGUCAGGCAGAGUCGGCCUGUAUUCAUCUCUCAGCCACCCCUUCAAAUCAAAGAUUCCCAAAACAGUAGAGGUGAAGGCGACUGCUGAUGUCUCCACCGUGCCUGGUAGAGGGAGCAGCUCAGUGUAUGUGAAGGCUGAUGGGAAGGACAGGAUGAUGCUGAAUGCCCAGAUGUCCCACUCCCUCCAGAGGGAAGACAGAGCUGUAGGACUGAGGCUAAAUUUAUCCCAAAGCCUGCUGCCUACAGCCACUGAGCUGCAUGUAGACCUGGCUGCCAACAUGUCCUCAGACAGUGUGUUUCUACGUGGCUCCUUCACACAGGGACAGGAGGCUCUGCUGGCUCAGGUCAAAGGGUCACUGAAAGACUUGCAGGGUCUCCAGCUGGAUCUUUCAGGGGACUUGAGGCACUCCAUAACCAACCUCAACAUUCUGCCUCCAGUCCUGGGGUUGGAUGGAGCACUGGGGCAGUCUGACACCUUAAUCGAAGGACAGCUGAGGGUUAGAGUGAUGGAGGCUGUGUACAGCGUGGAGCUGAGACAUCAGCAGGAUCCUGGAGAUGUUUUGGACGGAGAUGAUGAUGAUGAUGAACAAGGCGUGGUGGGAAGAACGUCCCGUGAUUGGCUGUGUGUUUGGUCAGGUGUGGAGCAUUUGUGUGUGAAUGUGACCCACCAGCUGGGAAAUCGAGGGAGGGGAGAAAUCUACACACGACUUUCUCACUCGUUCCACGUGCUCGACGCCACAGGUGUACUGACCAACAGUAGUGCUCAGGUGAGGUGGUCCCAGGAUGGCGGUCAGCUGUCAGCCCAGGCAGAGCUACAGACUGGACCUGAACACCUUAAAGCUGAGUUUCAUGGAGGCAGAACGAACCAUCUUAUCCCACAGUGGCAAUACUCCUCCAGGCUGCAACACCAAGUCAGAGCCCUGCUGGAAAGAGGCCUACCAAGCUCUCUUCAAGCCAAAGCACAUUACCAGUUAGAAACAGAUAAAGUGGACACAGGUUUGGUCCUCUACAUGGAAGAUGCCAGGAUGGUCGACAUCCUUUUUAAUGCUGGAUCAAAAAACAAAACAGCUCUUUUAGCGGCAUCUCUAUGGCAACAGAUUCAGCUGCUCGAGGGAUUCAUACCAACGUCCUUACAGAUGAACUGCACAGGGGACGCCACUGCAGACCGACUCUCAGCUCAGUGCUAUGGAAAUGUGGCAGAUCGCCCUGUGGAGACUCUCCUGCCGCCACAGACCUCCGUCAACAUCUCCAUCACUCGUUCUGGCUGUUCCACACAUCUCAGCUCCGUUCUCCAGGCUGAGGGGGAGCAGAAGGCCAGUCUUAGUAUGUCCCUCAUGUGUCACCCCCACCUGAGCCUGAGGGCGUCUGUGCAGCACUCCAUCGAGGCGAUAAAGACGCUACAGUUUCCUACCCACGGUGCGCUGCUCCUCAACGUCUCACCUGCGCUCCUACCCGGUGUGGAGGUUGGCCUGGAGCUGGGACGCUGUUAUUUUAGGGGUAAUUUGGGGAGAAUCAAAGCUUCCCAGACGGAAGCUGAGGAGUCUUCUUACUCUGCCAAUGUGACCAGCUACUGCCCUUCACUACAGGGCACCGUCCUCCCCGUGUCUCUGGCUCUGCAAGGCCUCCUGUCGGUGGUUCCUUGCCGGCUGACUGCAUCCUACUCUCUAAGAGCAGACGGCCAGGAUCUGUCUCUGGAGCUGCAGCAGCACUGCAGGACUCCACAUCUCAGCGGGACCCUCAUCCACUCCUUCUCCGGCCUGAGGAGUCAGGGGCUGCCACAGAUCGUCUCCAUAGAGGCUACGGCUCCUGGAGGCCCUGAGCAUGCUGGAGCUCUGGUUAUUAAAGUUGGAACAUGUCACAUCAGAGCCCACAGAGUCGUAGAGGGCAGAGGACGGACUCGGUGGCUGUGGGCUCUGGAGUCUACGUGCCCAGUGUUGCAGGCUCAUGUGAACGGCUCCGUGGUGCUGGACCGUCAGGGUGUCUGGACAGCCGUGCUGGACACUGAUCUGGAGGGCAGAAGGGGUCUCCUGAGGCUUCACGCCAGGGCCUGGCCAGAUCUGAGCCUGGAGGCUGAGCUCAACCAUGACCUUCCUGCUCUCCGAGGUCUGCCAAAGAGCUGCCGGCUGAGAGUGGCCAGCAGGUUUGGAAACCUCCGGCACGAUGCCGAGGCCUUGGUUCAGAUGGAGGAGUGCUCCGUCAGGGCUGGUGGAGCUGUGGUGUCACAGUCUGGCCUGCAGGGGUCGCUGGUGUACUACAACAACUGCACCGUGAUUCAGGAGCUGGGUGGUCCAGACAGGAUGCAGGCUUCUGGGUCCCUGGUUUUUUCCACAACUUCUGUCAGAUCUCAGGUCUCGAUGACGGUCGACGACGCUGAGCUGCAGACUUUAAUGUCUCUCAGAAAAACUAAGGAUGAAAAUGAAGCGUCGCUGAAUCUAAACCACUCCAUGCCGCUGCUGAAGAAGCUGGGUUUCCCUGUGAAGGCCGCGCUAGCAGUGAAUUCUGGGAGUCACAGCAACGGAUCGUACUUUUACAUAUUCAGCAGCAGUGGGGGAAAUCAAAAGCUAAGUCAAGAGCUGACCGUGGUGAAGACGUCCGAUACGACGAGAGUGAAGAGUCACUUCAGACACAUGGUGAACUAUCUGAAGAAGCUGGGAAUCCCUGCGAACAACAGCAUCCAGGUGGAGCUCGGUUCUGCGGAGGGGAAGGCCUUGACCCUGCAGUCCCAGUUCGGAGGUCAGCUGGCAGGACUGAGAUUUAAGAUGAAAAGUUUUCCUGUGGUCAAAGAAAUAAGAGGAAGCAUGUGGCACAGCUGGCCGUGGCUACAGGACAGAGGCCUGCCCCUUAGCAUAGAGGGCGUCUUGUCUCAGCUCCAGUCCAGAGCUCAGCUCACUGUGGACGGACACAAGCUGCUCACCUCCGGCCUGAACAUCAGCGGCGCUGACGGACGUCUGUCUGUGCGUCUGUCCUGCUCUCCGUUGGCUUUCAAUCAAACAAGGACGCAGCAGAGUCUCGACACUGUGCUGACUGCUCAGUUCAAAGAUGAUCCGGUUAUCGUCUCUGCUCUGCAGCUGAAGCCGCUGCCCAGGACCGUUGCUGUGAGGACGCUGUACGAGGCCCGGACGUGGAGCCACCAGAUCCAGCACGCGGCCGUGUGGGGCAAUCAAGAGCUCAGCCUGUCUGGUCUGUACUCGGCCCCUCCAGCGCCGGAGAUGGGGAACCAGACACUGAAGGUUCAGAUCACCUGUAUCCCCCGUCUGACCAGUCUGGAGGUGACGCUGGAACGCUCCCCGCUCGGCCGGCUGGACAGCGUCGCGCUCGGCUGGAUGAGGCACGGACAGCUGGAGCAGGUCAGGCCGCACAAAGCGCGUCGUGACCCCGAAAAAAUGCGGAGCUUCGUUCGAGCCUCCAAGGACCUGAUGGUGAAGGUGGUCCAGAAUAUUCCUGACAUGCUGGUCUACCUGCCCUCUCAGCUCAACGUCCGCUCUCAGCUGAACAGGUCUGAGUCCAGCGUUUCGGGUCUGGUGGAGGUGUUGUCGGGCAGGAGGAGGCUCUGGGCUCAGGGGCAGCUGGCAGCCAUCGAGAGCGGAUACAGACAGGCGUUCGAGGUUAAGCACUCAUAUCCGCAGAGCUUCACUUCUGCUUCUGGUUUCUGUCACGUGAAGGUCAAAGCUCUCAGUUUGUGGAGUUGCUCAGAGGAGACGAACGAGACGAAGCUGGAGCUGAAGCAGCCGUUCUCCUCCGCACUCAGCCAGCUGUCUCUGCACGCGCUGUCGCAUAACUCCCAGAGUGAACAGCGAAGCAGCCACCAGACUCAUCUGUCAUGGGGAAGCGCAGUUCCUGUCAACGUCUCGCUGAGCCUGAACAAACAGUGGCAGAGCAACUCCAGCAGGGGGCAGGCCUGUGCUCUGCUGUCGGCGCAGCAGAUGUUAGUGUCUUCUGUUAAAGGCUGUGUGUCAGUGGGGCAGGAGGGAAACUCGUAUUCACAAAACGCAGAGCUGAGAUGGGACAACAGGAGCGUGAAACAAGGCCUGAAGUACCAGAAAGGCCCGCUGGGACAGCACAGCCUCCAGGUCAGCGUCGGCCUGGACAGAGUUUCUCCUGCGCCUUGUUCUUCGCACACACUUCUGGCAAAGGUUCAGAGCAACCUCAGGGACCAUCUGGAGCACACCGUGCUGCUGGGCCUCUGCCCCCCACAGCCUUCCAGGAUAGGUAACUGGACUGUGGAGGUUGGAGGAAACGCCUUGUCGUGGCCUCGAGGCUCAGCUCUGCAGGUUCAGGCCACACUGGACCACGAAGAGAAGAUCUGGCUGAACGGAACAGUAGAGGGACAAUGUGUUCGGACCGCAGCGGGCUACAUGAACGGUUCGGACCACCGUGAGGAUCUAACCGUCGCAGCCUGCGUUGGAGCUGAUCGCACUUUAAAGCUCGAUGUGCACAAAAGAGAUGGAGGCGGCAGGUCUGAAACUCUGGGCAGCGUUUCCGUGGGAGCGGCCAAUCAGAGGCUGAUGCUGAGAGCGGGCGGCUGUUUGGGGAGUUUAGCUGCAGCAGAGGAGCGAGUUCAGUAUUUGAGCUCUCGGUUGCAGAGCAAACUCCUGGAGAGAAUCAGGACGCUGCAGCAUCUCCUCGUGGAAUUUAGACGGCAGUCCAGAGACAGCCAGCUGCUCCAGGAGCUGAGCGCUGUGCCUCUUCAUGCGUCGCAGCGACUCGAGGCUCUGCUGGGACACAGAGACAGAAGUCUGCUGGCUCUCUGGCGGAGCAGCUCCAUGCGUCACGUCCUGACCGACAGCCUGCCUCGUGUCCUGACUCUGCUGCAGCACGCCUCGCUGCUGGGACAGCAGGAGCUGAGGAGGCCUCUGGCCACGCUGGCAGGUGUGUACCAGGACGUGAAGGGCCAGAGGCUGGAGGCCAUGUGGAGGGAGGCCGUGCUGCUGUGGACCGACCGGCUGCUGGAGGUUCUGCCUGCUCUGCUGGAGAACCCUCACCUGAGGCCGCUGUCUCAGGCCGGAGUCGGCACACUGAGCGUCGCCCUGGAGCUGGCAGGCCAGCAUACCUACCAGUGGAUCGAGACCAGGCUGGCCACGGCUCUGUCUGGAGUCCGGAAGCGUCUCGCCUCUGUCUACAAAUUCUCCCCGGGGGAGUGUUCAGUGGUUGUGUCGGUGCCGCUGCCACCGCUUCCCUGGUUGAGGAUGGUCGAGGCCGGGCUGAUGGAGGUCCUUCUGGAGGAGUGGCUCCUGAGGCCUCUGCUGACCCUCGCCUCCAUCAGACCCACGGCUGAACUUUACCGUCUCAAGAGGAAAAUCAUGGACAGCCCCUUCACACACCAAGCUUUGCUGGUGGCAGAUCAGUUUGUAGUGACCUUUGACGGCCACCUGUUCGAGCUGCCGGCUUCGUGUCCUCUGCUGCUCGCCCAAGAUGUCAACGCCGAGCCCUCGUUCACGCUGCUGCUCCGUCCAGACCCGCAGGCCUUCCUCCUCAUACGAAUGAACAACAGCACCAUUAACAUUCAGCGCAACGGACAGGUGAAGGCCGACUGCAACACCGCCGUGUCCCACGCGUUUCACAGUGACGACGGAGUGGACGUCAGGAGAAGGUCAAACGUUGUGCAGGUGUCCAAUCAGAACGGAGGGUCGGUGUCAUGUGACCUGACGCUUGAAGUGUGCAGCUUCACCCUGGACGGAUGGCUGCAUGGUGCGUCCACUGGUCUGUUUGGGACCAACGACAAUGAUGCAGGAAAUGAUUUCCCUUCACGUGAUGGAUCUCAAGCUGAGAACUUGGAGGAUUUUAUCAACAACUGGCAGAUGAAACCAGCGUGCAUUAAACCUCCAGCUGCAGCAGAGUCCUUCUCCAAAGCUUCCAGGAGCCCAGCGAGCUGCGACUCUCUGUUCUCUUCUCCCGACUCUCCGCUGAGUUCCUGUUUCAGGGUGGUGGAUCCUGUUCGGUUCCUGUCGGUGUGCAAGCUCAGCUCCUACAGGGCACCCUGCAGACUAGCAUCUGCUUUUGUUCAUCUCUGUCAACAGAACUACAUACCGCUGGAGCUCCCUGUCCAGUGCAUCAAAGCGUGACGGAUGGACGAGCGGGUGAAGAGCGAUACAUGACCUCUGUUAGCUGCUAAAAUGGAAAAAUGCGAGCUCGUAUACCACUGGUUGUGCCACAUUACUUCUAUACUUAUGUUUUGUACUCCGUUGUAUAGUCGUACCUCGGGCAAUGCGCACUCCUGUCCUGUUUAGAGGCGCAGAUAUCACGCCAAUAAUGUGAAUGUGAACGUACUAACUCUAGCGUGUAAUUUAAUAAUAUUCACACAGAUUCUUUUUUUGUAUUUUCUGUGGUCUGUAGUACAAACACUGAAGAUACUAGAGACUGACUUUGGUGCAGCCGCAGUUACUAAUCCUCACAAGCAACACCUGGGUCAUAAAGAGAUCAAUAUUUUUAUACAGUUUGACAAAGUGCAUUUAUUACAUCCUUGUAUACGA